ACAGAGUUUCGGAGCUAAGAGUUCAGACCCACCAUCUUUUCUCAUGCCACAACAUCUGGGGUUUAUAUCACAAGUGAAGGGUACAGUUGAGUAGAAAUAAUGAAUGACCUACAGAAAUACUGGGAGUAAUGUCAAAAAAUGGAGCGUGCAAGUCCAUGAGCUCUAUUAAAAAAAUAUGUGACAUCUCUUUCAUCUCUUUCUGUACACUGUCAGAAUUCUUGCCAAAGUAGUUUGAGAGCAAUGGAAGACAAAACAAAGAAAGUAUCAACUUCUUCCAAAGGAUUAUUGCAGAGUGAAGAAUUAUAUGAGUAUCUCCUGGAGACCAGUGUUUACCCUCGUGAACCCAAGCCCCUGAAGGAGUUAAGGGCUGUUACUGCUACCCACCCAAGAGCAAUGAUGGGUACUUCUCCUGAUUCUGGUCAACUAAUGGCCAUGCUCUUGACUCUUGUAAAUGCUAAAAGGACAAUUGAAAUUGGAGUUUUCACUGGCUACUCACUGCUUCUCACUGCUCUUACAAUUCCGGAUGAUGGCAAGAUUACAGCCAUAGAUUUGAAUUGGGAUACAUAUGAGAUAGGGUUGCCAAUUAUUAAAAAAGCUGGGGUGGAGCACAAAAUCAACUUCAUCCAGUCUGAGGCUCUACCAGUUCUUGAUAAACUGUUGGAGACUGUAAGGAUUAACCAUCUUAGAUUGUUGGUUCUCGAUCGUGGUUGAUGCAAUUUGAACUCGUUUCCUUGCUUUCUAUCAUUAGGCAUAUCAUUUUUGGUUCAUUCUAUCGUGGGCUUUGUUGCAGAGUGACAGUGAAGGAAGUUUUGACUUUGCUUUUGUUGAUGCGGACAAAAUCAAUUAUCUGAAUUAUCAUGAAAGAUUGUUGAAAUUGUUGAGGGUUGGUGGGAUAGUUGUGUAUGAUAACACACUCUGGGGUGGAACAGUUGCAAUGCCCGAGGAGUCGGUUCCAGAAUGGAUGAAACCUGGCCAGCAUUAUACAAUUGAGCUUAACAAAUCAUUGGCAGCUGAUCCGCGUAUUCAAAUUUCUCAUGCUCCACUUGGUGAUGGGAUUACUAUCUGUAAGCGUCUAUACUGAUCUAUCACUUGAAUCUAAAGUAAAUCAGGUUUCCUGUCGAAACUUGAAAACUGUAAUGUUUAUGACAUAACUAUAUAUGAAAAGA